UCACACGAUACCCAAAUUACAAUGCCAGACUCACCGGCUGAUGUGAAGACCCAGACGAGGACCACACCGCCCACCAUGCCCCCUCCAUCACCUGCGCUGAGCCAAGGGACCAACCGUACCUCCUCCUACACCCCAAGCACAAUAAUGAACGGGAGCAGUCACUCCCCCACUGCAAUCAAUGGAGCCCCAUCCACACCCAAUGGUUUCAGCAACGGACCCUCUGCGUCUUCAUCGGCUGCACUAACCAAUCAGCAGCUGCCCCCGGCCUGCGGAGCCCGGCAGCUCAGCAAACUCAAGCGCUUCCUAACGACAUUACAGCAGUUUGGCAGCGACAUCUCUCCGGAGAUCGGGGAACGUGUGCGGGCCCUGGUGCUGGGACUGGUGAAUUCAACACUUACAAUUGAAGAAUUUCACGGGAAACUGCAAGAAGCAACCAACUUCCCCCUCCGCCCCUUUGUCAUCCCAUUCCUAAAGGCAAACCUUCCACUACUGCAGCGGGAGCUCCUGCACUGUGCCCGUUUGGCAAAGCAAAGCCCAGCACAGUACCUGGCGCAGCACGAACAGUUGCUUCUUGACACUAGCAUCAGCAGCUCACCCAGUGACUCUUCUGAGCCCCUCCUACUAGAGGUGAAUGAGAAUGGCAAGAGGCGGACACCUGACAGGACCAAAGAGAAUGCACAGGAAGGUCUCCACCCAGAUCACCUUGCCAAGAGGCCAUGCACCACAAGCCCCGCACAAAGAUACAGUCCCAGUAACGGACUCCUCCACCCACCCACCAACGGACUCCCACACCCCACCCCACCUCCUACUCAACACUACCGCUUGGAGGACAUGGUGCUGGCCCAUCACUACCGGCAUACAGACCCUCGGGAACUGCGAGACCGUCACCGGCAGGCAGCUGUGCAUGAGGUCAUUGAUCACCGGCUGACAGAACGGGAGUGGGCAGAAGAGUGGAAACAUCUCAACAAUCUGUUAAACUGCAUUAUGGAUAUGGUAGAAAAAACCCGCCGAUCGCUGACGGUCCUCCGCCGGUGCCAGGAAGCGGACCGAGAAGAGCUGAACCACUGGAUACGGCGCUACAGUGAUGCGGAGGACCUGAAAAAGAGUGUCAGCACUGUGAGUCAGCCAGUGCGACAUCACAACAGCUCCUCAAGCACCGAGUCCUCGCCGGCAGAGCCAUCCAGGGACUUCCUACAUAGGCCUCCAGCUGGAUAUAUGCCUGAGGAGAUCUGGAGGAAGGCAGGGCUCAUCUUCACCUCUGAGCUGUCUCUCUGCCCGCACAGAGGAGGCGGUGAACGACGUCAAGCGGCAGGCCAUGUCCGAACUGCAGAAGGCUGUGUCGGAAGCGGAGCGCAAGGCUCACGACCUCAUCACUUCAGAGAGAGCCAAAAUGGAGAGAACACUGGCGGAGGCAAAACGACAAGCAUCCGAGGACGCCGUCUCUGUCAUCAACCAGCAGGAGGACUCAAAGUUGUUGGAACUGCGGCCGGAAAGCAAGUGAGACCUGCAGCGGCUGCAACACAGCACGAUACUGUGGCUCUUUCUGCCAACACAAGGACUGGGAGAAACAUCAUCAUGUAUGCGGCCAAUCCCUGCACCACCCUCCCAGUGCACCACAAGCACCAACCACCCCCGCCACACCUGCAGCCAGCCCCACCACAAGCAGCUCUGCCUCUCGAUCUGGGACCCCUGCUACGCCCCUCCUGCUGGAUACCGCCUCACGCUAACUGAGACCUCUUGCGAUAAAUAUCUGAGGAUGAAGG